UCUUUGUGUAGAUAAGGUGAAAUCAAGGGCAAAGCCCUCUCCUCAGAAACUUAGUUUGGAUCUCUCUCUCUCUCUCUCUCUCUCUCGUCCUCCUUCUCCUUCCUGUAUCUCUCGAUCUCUCAAUCAUGAACAAGGUAGUAGAUCCAAAAUCCAUGCAGAUCCCCCACUAUCGAUUUUGGAUCUGGUCCGAUGGUGAAGUUUCUGUUGGAGCAUCUGGAGAAAUAGAUUUUGGAUAUGCUCCAACGGUGAAGUUUAUGUUGGAGCAUCAGUCUUAAUCGAGUUUGGAUCUACUCCGAUGGUGAAGUUUCUGCUGGAGCAUUUGGAGAAAUCUGGGUGUGGGAUAUUAGACGGGUCUUGCUGGGCCGUUCAUUGUGAGAAGAAGAUUGCCGGAGUAUACACCCACCGCGGAUGGAUAAUGGUGUGUAGUAAUCACAUGAACAUGCAAGAUGAGGUCAACCAAGUAGUGAUACAUGAGCUAAUUCAUGCUUUUGAUGAUUGUCGGGCUGCUCCAAUGGUGAACUGGGCUAAUUGGCCUCAUCAUGCUUGUAGCGAGAUUCGUGCUGGCCAUCUUAAUGGUGAUUGCCACUGUAAACGUGAAUUUUUGCUGUGCCAAGAAGAUUCGAGAAUUGUGAACAAGCUCAGUUCAUUGAUCAAGACCCUUUGUAGCAGCAAGUGCAAUUUUCAUUCAUCCAUCAAAUUUGCAGCAGCAAGUGCAAUUUUCAUUGAUCAAGACCCUUUGCAGCAACAACUACAAUUUUCAUUAAUCCAUCAAAUUUGCAGCACCAAGUGCAAUUUUCAGUUCAGGCAAGUUCAUAGAGUAUAGGGCUUUUCAAUUAAGAAUAGGUAUAUUAAUUUUAAUUUGUUUUUUUUUAAUAUGAAAUUGUGCGGUCACCAUUGCUAGAAAAAGUGUGUUUUCUGGUGAUGGGGCCCACAGUUUCUCAGUCACCAAAAAUCUGAUAGUGGUUUAUUGGGUAUAUGUCACGGCAGCAAUAGAAACCAUCAACUAAUAGUGCCAAAGCUGGUGUCUAUUGCUAUCCCCACACCAAUCAUUGGUGUCUAUAGGAUCAACACACACCAUUCUCAAUGGUAGCUAUAGGCCAGUUUUGUGUAGUGAUUAACCUUAACUUUAUCAUCGAAGAGACCUAAGCUAUAUAUCACAUCAACUUAUGUUAACUACCCAUGUAAGUUCAACUAAUGGAUUUCUAACUCCUAAAGAGAGAUAUACACAUUCACAAUGGGUUCAAAUGCCGCCGACGCUUAUUGGAGUUAAAUCCCAAUAUAUUCUUGGUGGCCAGGGGGGAGGAAGCGUUUUGACAAGAUCCCCCGAGCACGGAUUAGUUUCUGGGCCUAGGAAGCCUUUGAGGACACCCUGUGAUUGACAAAUCAAAAAAAAAAAAAAAAAAAAAAAAAAAAAGGUAACCCGGAGAGAUAUGAAUAUAUGCUUCUUUUUAAUUAUUUUAAGUUAAAUCAAUUGUCAUUCACUAAAUGUAUAUAGAUAAAUGAUAAGUCCAAAUAUUAUCUUAAACUUUAGAUUGUAUUAUUGCUUGCUGGAUUACUUUGCUUGAUUCAUUUACAAGAGCAUAUACGUAUACACAUGUUGUUGAGUCUUAACCUGACAUAGCAGGAUCUUUGCUGUUAAUUAAUAACCACAACUUGUAAACAUUUUUGGACCAUUCCACUUGGUUAUAUACAUGAGAAUUCUAGACAUUUGCUACACUUGCAAGAUUAAUCUAGGUACAUGUAAUCUAGGUAACACUAAAUAGAAUGCUUUAGAAUUUUCCAAUAUUGCACAUUACUUUUAACGGUUUGCAUUAUUUUGACUGUCUUGAUCCUCGGGUAGUAUAUAUGUAGUCCAUUCAGGUUAGAUCAAAUUUAGGAAUUAUGCAGCAAAAUCAUGCGCGUUGUUUCAGAUGGAAUUUUCCUUACUCAACUGGGUUACCUCUUAUUUGAAAUUUGGAAAACAAGGUGCCCGGCUGUGCAUACAGGUUUAAUAUCAAUGUUUGGCUGGACUUUGAUAUAAAUUGGAAUACAAUUAUUAAUGGGGUUUCUUGGGGUCUCAAAUGACUUCCUAAAGUUACAAAUGACUGUGACAUGAAAAUGACUUGCGCUCUGUUAAUUUGUUUCUAUUUAAAACGCUUAUUUUGUUUUACCUUACACAAAAUAAGGUGAUGAAGAGAAUCAAACAAAACGAGGAUUCUGAGUGGAGGUUUCCAACCUGCUUCCACCCGGUUUAACACACGGGUUCACGCGUAUAAUGUCAUCAUCUCUUAUUUGGAUUACAAUAAUAGGUGUAUAACAAGAAGUCAAAAUGUAAACCGU